AUGAACCGGAUCUCGGAGAAGGCGCAGAGGGGGGUGGAGGGCUUGGAGAAGGCGCACAGGGGGGUGGCGGGCCUGGAGAAGGCGCACAGGGGGGUGGCGGGCCUGGAGAAGGCGCACAGGGGGGUGGCGGGCCUGGAGAAGGCGCACAGGGGGAAACCGGGCAUGGGGAAGGCGCACAGGGGGGUGGCGGGCCUGGAGAAGGCGCACAGGGGGGUGGCGGGCUUGGAGAAGGCGCACAGGGGGGAACCGGGCAUGGGGAAGGCGCACAGGGGGGUGGCGGGCCAGGAUGUGGCGCACAGGGGGGAACCGGGCAUGGGGAAGGAGGACGGGGUGGACGUGGGGGGAGACGUGGGGGGGGCGGACGUGGGGCUGGCGGACGUGGGGAGUGCGGUCGGGGGGGAACUGGACGGGGGGAGGGCGGACGGAGGGGGGUGGGACCUGGGGAGGGCGGACGUGGGGAUGGAGGAAGUGGGGAGGGCGGACGUGGGGAGGGAGGAAGUGGGGAGGGCGCCCGUGGGGAGGGAGGAAACGGGGAGGGCGGCCGUGGGGAGGGAGGAAACGGGGAGGGCGGCCGUGGGGAUGGCCGACGUGCGGAUGGCGGGCGUGGGGAGGGCGGACAUGAUGGCGGGCGUGGGGAGGGCGGACGUGGGGAUGGCGGACGUGCGGAGGGCGGACGUGGGGAUGGCGGACGUGCGGAGGGCGGACGUGGGGAGGGAGGAAACGGGGAGGGCGGAAGUGGGGAGCGAGGAACCGGGGAGGGCGGACGUGGGGAGGGAGGAUACGGGGAGGGCGGACGUGGGGACGGCGUACGUGCCGAGGGCGGACGUGGGGCUGGCGGACGUGGGGCUGGGGGACGUGGGGCUGGCGGACGUGGGGCUGGCGGACGUGGGGCUGGCGGACGUGGGGCUGGCGGACGUGGGGCUGGCGGACGUAGGGAGGACGCGGGUGGAGCUGUAG